AUGUUGGACUGUAGUUUCGAAGCUUACCAAACUCCUGUGGUUCCUGGGGCUUAUAUUUCACCCAGAGGACGUAGUAAAAAAUUGAUGAAAAAACAUAGAUCCAAGUUCGAGGUUUUAGCCCAAGUUGCCGGGAAAUACUCAGGCGAUAGCAAGGCCUAGGAAACAAAGAAGUCAAAGAACGAUUUCGUCGCAAGUAACUUUUUGGAGACAAUGGAAGCUGAGGUUAAGCCUCAACCUUGUCGGGAGAAACCUUCUCAGGUAAUAUUGUCUAAGGACUGGUUAGCUCUUGGUCCUUCCAUCACACAAGAAGAAAAACUCCAAUAUUGGUAAGAUCAAGUCACUCGCUAGCUAUAGUACCGCAAGUUAUUUAUACAAUUUUUUGUGUUUAUUUGGAUUUAUGUAGACGGGAAAAGAAAGAUUUGUUCCACGAAAGAGGGAGGUUGUAUUAGCCAAGAAUCGCAAAAUAUGUAUCCCUUGAAGAAAAGAAAGUUGUUUUACAACAAUAGUCGACCUGAAGCACAUGAUGAUCCGUACCGGUUCAAAUUUGUUAUCGAAUCGUUGAAAAUCUCGGAGCUAUUGAUGGACAUUCCCGAAUCAGCCACGGUCGGGUCACUGAAAGUAGCGGUAUUGGAGGCGGUAACACGGAUUCUUAAGGACGGACUAAAUAUUGGAGUGCUUGUACGAGGUGAAACCAUAGUUGAUGACUCCAAAACGCUUCUUCAGAUUGGGAUUUCUCGUGAUGUUGAUGGAAACAACCACAACCUUAGCUCUUUGGGAUUCACGCUAGAACCGCAGAUAUCAGAAACAACAGCAACGUUAACCACUAUUUCUCCAAAAACGCGAUUUAGGAAACACAAUUAAAGCCAGUCCAUGGAGAGCAAUAAAACGAGGCCAGCUAAAUCUGUAGUUCAGGUUCUCAUGAAACCGCCUACGCAGCAAGAGAUGGUUCACCGAAGAAUCAGAAGGCCAUUCACUGUCUCAGAAGUACAAGUACUGGUUCAGGCCGUGGAAAGUCUCGGCACCGGAAGGUGGCGCGACGUUAAGUCUCAUGCAUUUGACCAUGCAAAUCAUCAAACUUACGUUGAUGUCAAGGACAAAUGGAAAACGUUGGUUCACACCGCAAAGAUAUCAGCAAGGCAAAGAAGAGGCGAACCUGUGCCUCAAGAGCUUCUUGAUAGGGUUUUAGCCGUUCACGCUCUCUGGUCACCGAUGAAUAGGAACUCAAGAAGACAAAAACGCUCCUUGUAG